UGUGGCUAACGUCAUUUACCGAGAUAAAACAUGUUAUAUGAAACGUGAAACUCAAUAAAUAGCUACAGGAUACAAGUGGGUGUCAAGGCGAGGACAAGAUGUUGGAGUCCUAUGUCACACCGCUCCUGAUGAGCUAUGUCAACAAGUACAUCAAGAAUCUGAAGCCAUCUGACCUGCAGCUGUCGCUCUGGGGAGGAGAUGUGGUGCUCAGCAAGCUGGACCUGAAGCUGGAUGUGCUGGAACAGGAGUUGAAGCUUCCCUUCACGUUCAUGAGCGGUCACAUCCACGAGCUGCGGAUCCACGUUCCCUGGACCAAGCUGGGCUCGGAGGCCGUCGUCAUCACCAUCAACACCAUGGAGUGCAUCCUCAAGCUGAGGGACGGAGCCCAGGAUGACCAUGAGAGCGGCUCCAGCUCCACCGGCCGCAGCGUCUCUGACGGCUCCAAGGCCGUGGCCAAGCCCCGCCGCCCGCAGCAGGCGGCCCCGAGCGACCCGGACCUGCCCCCAGGUUACGUGCAGAGUCUGAUCCGCCGCGUGGUGAACAACGUGAACAUCGUGGUGAACAACCUCAUCCUCAAGUACGUGGAGGACGACAUCGUGCUGUCGGUCAACAUCACCUCGGCCGAGUGCUACACCGUGGACGACAUGUGGGAGAGGGCCUUCAUGGACAUCGCUGCUCCAGAGCUGGUCCUCAGGAAAGUGAUCGACUUUGCCGACUGCACCGUGUGCUUGGACAAGAGGAACGCCAGCGGCAAGAUCGAGUUCUACCAGGACCCGCUGCUCUACAAAUGCUCCUUCAGAACCCGUCUCCACUUCAGCUACGACAACAUCAACUCCAAGAUCCCAUCCGUCAUCAAAAUCCAGACCAUGGUGGAGAGCCUCAAGUUGUCUAUGACCGACCAGCAGCUGCCCAUGUUCAUCCGCAUCUUGGAGCUGAUUAUCGCUCUCUACUACGGGGAGAUCGGAGGACACAAGGAGGGCGAGGGAGAAGAGGGCAGUGUCCACGUCAGGGAGGCUGGGGCGGUUCUACCUGGGAUGGAUGGUGAUCUUGAGGGCCAGGGUGCGGUCCAGUACCCGGGCCACGACCUCUACCUGCAGUCCGGGGGUCCCGAGGAGGGAGACGAGGGUUGGGUGUCCUGGGCGUGGUCCUUCGUCCCAGCCAUCGUCGACCUGGAGGAGGGAGAGGAGGAAGGCCUCUACCAGCAGGGAGAGGAGGACGGCGUGCCCACCAACCCACAGCAGCACACCCCCAAAGACCCCGUCGUCUCCAUCGGCUUCUACUGCACCAAGGCCUCGGUGACCUUCAAGCUGACCGAGACCCAGUCAGAGAGCAGCUACUACAGCCCUCAGAAGGUCAAGUCCAGAGAGGUGCUGUGCCUGGAGCAAGAGGGGAUCACGAUCGAGGUGCUGAUGAUGGGGGAGCCCUUCUUCGACUGUCAGAUUGGCUUCGUGGGUUGCCGGGCACUCUGCCUAAAAGGCAUCAUGGGAGUACGGGAUUUUGAAGAAAACAUGAACCGACUCGAAGAGGAUGCAGUGUUCUUCAGCUGUGGGGACAGCCUCCGCAGCAAAGGGAUGACGUACCUCACCAACUCCCUCUUUGACUACCGCAGUCCAGAGAACAACGGCGUCCGGGCCGAGUUCAUCCUGGAUUCCACCAAUCACAAGGAGGCCUAUACGGAGAUAGCAGGCAUGCAGCGCUUUGGUGCCUUCUACAUGGAUUACCUCUACACAAUGGAGAACAGCAGCGCCACAGGCUCUCAGGACUUCUCGGCGGCGAGCGGAGAGGAGGCGGUGCCCGCCGCCGUCCAGGAGACGUCCAUCAAGAGGCUGGUGGUGGGACCCCUGGACGUCCGGCUGAACGGCAGCGCCGUGCACCGCAUCCUCAAGAUGGUCACCUGCGCCAUGGACCACGAGUACGAGCCCUACUGCAGGCCGCAGCCGGAAGUGGUCGAGGAGAGCCGCGGCGCCGCGACCCCGGAGGAGAUAGCGAGGCUGGAGGAGUUCAUCCCGACCAGACUCACGUGUCUCACUCUGCUCCAAGUCUCCGUGACCGUCUCCAUGGCAGAGUUCAACCUCCUUCACACGCUGAUGCCAAUCAUCAUGGGAUGCAAGGUGACCGCACCGGUGCCGCCGGUCACCGUCACGGCGUUUCAGCCGGUGCGCCCCCUACCUGCCGUGCAGUUCCAGGUGGAGAGGGCGAACUUCGAGCACUCAGUGCCCAUGUACGGUCCGGAGCUGGUCGCCACCAUCAGCGGCAUCAGCCAGCCCUCUGACAACCUGCUCCAUCACUGCUACGCACACCUCUACCUCAAGGUGUUUGGGUUCCAGGCGGGCUUGACGUGCCAGGACAGUACCGGAGGUUUCCUGCCUCUCCUCCCCAUCAUCCCGUCCUUCAGCACCGCCCUCUACGGGAAGCUCAUCCAGAUGCCGGCACACUGGAGCAGACGGUCCUCCGUCCCCACCACCGAGUGCAUCUUUGAGCUCCCCCACUUCCUGGUCCAGGCCACGAGGGCCCAGACCCUCCUGCUGCAGGCCAUCUGUCAGAGCUGGACCCACAGCGUGGUCAGCGGGGCCCCGCCGACGCUCAGCGAAGGCCUGCUGCGCGAGGUGUACAAAGCUCCAGGUGCGAAGUCUCCGGGUCCGUCACCGACCCUCGAGGCCUCCGUCCAAAACCUGGAGCUGAAGCUCUGCAGCCGCGCGACGGAGAAAUGCGCCUCGGGAACCGUGGGAGCUGUAAAAGUGUGUGCCAGGACCCCAGGUUCGGGAGAGGGCGUGAAGGAGAAGCUGGUUCCUCUGAUUCAGGGCCCGUCCGACACCAGAGAACUCCACGAGAGCCGCUGGCUCAACGAGAUCCGCAAGCCUGAAUCGCUGCUGGCUCCGGACCUGCUGGCCUUCUCCGUCCAGGUCCCUCAGCAAGGAGACGACUGCAGGAACUCAGGUGCGAUCCUGCUGGUCAGCGUCCAGGGCGUCUCCGUCAACGUGGACCCGGUGUUCUGCACCUGGCUGCUGUACCAGCCGCACAGGGGGGGGGCCGGCCGGCAGCAGCAGCAGACUCCGGGUUCGGCGCCCGCGGCCAAGAGGAGAGAGGACGAGGCGUCGGCCGGGAGCGCUCCGCUGGCCAAGGAGCCGUCCAAUCAGGCGUCGGACUACGCCAGCAGCCCGGUGAAAACCAAAACGGUGACAGAGUCCCGCCCCCUGUCCAUCCCCAUGAAGGUGAUGCCCGACACCGCAGGGGGGGAGUCGUGGACGACCUCCGAGGAGAGGAUGAAGGAGCUCAUCGCCCACGCCUGGGACGUUGUCAAACGCCUCACUCUACAGCUGGAGCUGCAGUCGUGCUGCGUGUUCCUGCCCAACGACAGCCUCCCGUCGCCCAGCACCAUCGUCUGCGGCGACAUCCCCGGCACCGUCCGCAGCUGGUACCACAACCAGGCCUCCAUGCCCGGCACCCUGGUGCUGUGCCUGCCGCAGGUCAGCGUCCUCAGCGCCGGCCACAAGUACAUGGAGCCGCUGCAGGAGCUCCCCUUCGUGGUCUCCAAGCCCAUCCUGGAGGAAGGCGACGCCUUCCCGUGGUCGGUGAGCCUGAGUCAGUCCAGCGUGUACACGCUGCUGGGGCAGCAGCGCCGCCUCAGCCUGCUGGAGCCCAUGGGCUGCACCUCCACGCUGGCCGUCACCUCCCACAAGCUGCCCGGCUGCUCCUCCUCCGAGGGGGGGGGCGGGGGCCACUCCUUCGUGGUGUGCCUCCAUGUGGAUCUGCAGGCCGUCCACGUCAAGUGCUCCAACCCUCAGGUGCAGCUGUUGUACGAGCUGCUGCUCAGCUGGAGCUCCACGUGGGCUCGCCUCCAGAGGCUCGGCAUCCUGCGACAGACCUCCAGCGGCGUCCCGGAGCCCCCCGCCGGCGCCGCCCCAUCCUCCCCGGUGCGCAGCAGCGCCGGCACCGCAGCGCCGGACACCAGCACCUGCAGCCGGUCCGCGGACUUCGGGCCCCCCACCGAGGGCGACUCGGUGCCGGCCGGAGACGACGGCCCGUUUGCCGACCCGGUCACUCUGGAGCAGAAAACCAGCAGCAUCGGAGGCACCAGCGGGAAGGUCAGCCUCUGGAUGCAGUGGAUGUUGCCCAAGGUCACCGUCAAACUGUUUGCUCCCGACCCGGCUGCCAAGAAGACAGAGAUCUGUGUCAUCGGUGAACUAGAAGACCUGAGUGCCUCGGUGGAUGUCCAGGAUGUUUAUACAAAGAUCAAAUGUAAAGUCGGCAGCUUCAACAUCGACCAGCACAGAUGCAGUACGGAGGAGGAUGCUCGGAGCUCGGGCGUCUGUGGAGGAGUGGUCCUCUCUUGCACUGACAAGCUGAACAGACGCACUGUGUUGGUUCGACCCGUCAGCAAGCAAGAGUCUUUCAGCCACUUCUCUGGCUUUUUCCCUCCUACUGCAGCCAAAGUGCUGGAGGGCGCCCACCAGCAGCACGGCUUCCUGUCCAUCACGUACACCCAGGCCGUCACCAAGAACGUCCGGCACAAACUCACCACCCGGCCCGAGCGGGCGCCGCGGGGGGGUGCCGCCGCCGACCCCCUGGCGGACAGCUCGCCUCGGUACCUGCGAGAGAUCCUGCUGACCGCCCAGCCCUUCGACGUGGUGCUCUCGUGUCCCUUAGUGGCCACCGUAGCGGGGGUGUUCCAGGCCACGGUCCCGAGGCGCUACAGGGAGCGCGGGAAGUCCGGCGGUCAGCCGAUGAGAAGCCACACUCUGACCUCCCGCUGUCUGCCGCUCAUGUACAUCAACACCAGCGUGAUCCGGGUCUUCUGCCCCGGGGCGGCGGCGGCAGAUCCCCAGGCGAAAAGAGAGGACACCCUGGUCUUGAAGCUGGGGUCCCUCAGCAUGGCCCCCCAGGCCGACAACCCGCUGACCCGCACGGUGCUGAGGAAAGACAUCUACCAACGCGCGCUGCACCUCGGCAUCCUCCGCGACCCGGGCUCCGAGGUGGAGGACCGGCAGUACCAGGUGGACCUGCAGUGCAUCAACAUCGGGACGGCUCAGUGGGAGCAGCUCAAGCCGGAGAAGGAGGGAACCAAAGGGGGCGUGUCCGCGGAGAGCGAGAGGAGCUCCCAGAACCCGGCGCUGGAGUGGAACAUGGCCAGCAGCAUCCGGCGGCACCAGGAGCGGCGGGCCAUCCUGACGCCCAUCCUCACCGACUUCUCCGUCCGGGUCACCGCCGCGCCCGCCAUCAUCUUCAGCAAGAAUCUGUCCCCCGACGGCGGACAGGCCGAGGAGGUGGUGGUGUGCGGUCACUCUCUGGAGGUGAACGUGACCAGCAGCCUGGACUUCUACCUCAGCGUGGCCCAGCUGCAGCUCCUGCAGCAGCUGCUCCGGGAGAACACGGUGGGCAUGGAGGCCCCCGGGAGCAGCGCAGAGGUGCACAGGUGCGAGCAGAAGCGCGGCCGGCGCGACCCCGCGGCGCCGGGCGGCGGCGGCGGCGACUCCUCCUCGUCGCGCCACAGCACCGCCGGGCAGGACAGCGGCUUCGGCAGCGACAGCGCCCGCGUCAUCCGCAUCGUCCAGAUCGAGCAGCAGAGCGGCGCCAGCCACCACCGCAUCGCCCGGCCCUCGCGCAAGUCCGCCAUCACCAAGAACCUCAGCUUCAUCCCGUUCGACGUCUUCCUCACCGCCGGCCGGCUGUCCGUCAUGACCUACGCUUGCUCCAGCAUCCCGAAGGCAGACAACCCCGGCACGCCGGAGAAGAGGGAGCCCGGGGACAAGGUGGGAAAAAGUUCCCUCGACCACCCGGAGGUCCCGUCCGAGGCUCCACCGCUCCCAGCCUCCCCCCCGACUCCAGAACCGGUUCCGGCCGCCCAGAGUUCCCUCGCCGGGAUCACCGCCGACGACAUCCUCAACGGCAACAACUCGCGGCCGACCUCGCCGCUGCUGAGGGGCGGCGUGCCGUCCCUCGCCGGCCUGCCGACUCCCAGCCGCUCUUCGGCCCGCCAGGCGCUGGGCGUGACCGUCGUGAGGCAGCCGGGCCGGAGGGGCGCCGCGGACCAGCUGCUGGAGCCCCUCCUCUACGUCCAGGUGACGCAACCCUCGGCUCAGCUCAGCUGCCACCACCGCAAGCAGAGGAUGGAGCUGUCCGUGUUCGACGUGGCCUUGAGAGGCGUGGCCUCUGACUACAAGUGCUUAGACCCUGGGAAGACUCUCCCCGAGUCUCUGGACUACAACGUGUUUUGGCUGCAGACGGUGUCGGGGGAGUCGGACAGUAAGACGGGCAUCCCCCCCCCGCUGCUCUGCCUCCAGAUCAAAGACUUCCUCAACGGACCGGCCGAGCUGAACGUGGAGCUGUCUCGCCCUCUGAAGGUCAACCCCACGCUGGCGAAGCUGGAGCAGGCCAAAGCCUACCUGAAGAAGGUGCUGCCCAGCCACCCGUGGGACGCCUCCUCCGCCCCCCCCACCUCCUCCACCCCUCACUCCUCCCCCGCCAAGACGCCGCCCAGGGCCUUCUCCUCUCACCACCACCGGGCCUCGGCCCCGGGGGGGGAAGCCGCCGGCGUCGGGGCCCCGGCGCUCCCCUUCCACAAGGUCUCCCUGCACACCGCCCAGAUAGUCGUCGUCAUGGAGACGGAGGCCCACCCGAUGAGGCCCAGCGUGACGGUGGCGGUGUCGGCCAUGACGGGGAGUGUGAACGUGAAGCCGGGGCUGAGGAUAGAAGAUGCGGUGCAGGCGGCGUCCGUGCAGCUGGAGCUGCGGGAUCUGUCGGCGAGGACGGGUCUGAGGGAGCGAAGCCGCCUCCUGCUCGGGCCGUUCUCCUGCGGCGCCGCCCUGGAGGCCCGCUGGUGUCGGCACAGCGGCAGCCCCGGACCCGAGCCCGGACCCCCGAAGCUGCUGCUGGACCUGAAGGGAGGCCUGCUGCAGGUCUUCUGGGGCCAGGAGCACCUGAGCUGCCUGAGGCUGGUGGAGGAGCACCUGAGGGUCUACCUCAACCUGCAGAAAGGUGCCGAUCCAGAGCCGCCGGAGAACCCUUCCCAGGGCAAGGCCUGCCCCAUCCUGCCGCCGCCGUCCCCGAGCUCCGCCUCCCCCUGGACGGAGCACAGCUCGGACGACCUGCGCACGGGGCAUUUCCAAUACAUCCAGGACCCAGCUUCCCAGAGGCUGCCGGGGCCCCACGAGGUGGUGUUCUACAGCGAGACGGAGGACAGCCCGGGGGUGAUGCUGUGGAGGUACCCCGAGCCCCGCGUCCUCACCUUCGUGAGGAUCACCCCCGUCCCCUUCAACACCACGGAGGACCCCGAGAUCAGCACGGCCGACCUGGGGGACGUCCUGCAGCUCCCGUGCAGCCUGGAGCACUGGGACGAGCUGCAGCAGGCCUUCGUCCCGUACCGCGAGUUCAGCCUCUCGGAGAGCAGCGCGUGCCAGCUGCAGCUGCCCGGCCUCGGCCUCGCCCGCCAGCAGAAGGAGCUGGUGGCCUCCGACCUCUGGAGGAUCGUCGUCAACGGCAACGGCGGAGAGGGAGGAGAUGAGCAGAGCUCGGAUAGUGAGUCCGGGUCCCAGCUGCCCUGCGAUCAGCUGCUGUCCCCCAUCGCAUUGGCGGCCUGCACCCGCGUGGACUCCUGCUUCGCCCCCUGGUUCGUCCCCUCCCUCGGCGUGUCCCUCCAACUGGCACAGCUGGACCUCCACCUCUGUCACCACCUGGAACAGCUGGGCACAGUUCCGCCUCGACAGCUUCGUCCUUUCCUGCCCGACAGGAAGUUGCCUCAGGAGCAGGAGUUCAUGGUGGGCGGCGCUCGGGAGCCGCGGGUCUUCCUGCGCCAGUGGAGCAGCGGGCCGCGUCAGUGUUGGGAGUUCAGCUUCUCCACCCAGCUGGACUGCAAGCUGCUGGAGUACCGCAACCUGACACACCUGCAGCUGCUCCAGCCGUGUGCGCUGCAGGGCCAGGCUGCAGCCACAUGCUUCCCCCAGAACAACACACUGGAUGUGAACGUGUUCGUGGAACCGGUGUUCCUCAAUAUCAGCCAGUAUGCCAUCCACACCGUGGACACCGCCCUGCGCAGCUGGCAACAGAGUGGGCGACCGGAGGCCGAGGAGCUGGUCUUCAGCCACUACGUGAUCUGCAACGACACCCACGAGACGCUGCGCUUCGGCCAGGUGGACACGGAUGAGAACGUGCUGCUGGACAGCCUCCACAGCCACCAGUACAGCUGGAGAUCCCACAAGUCCCCUCAGCUGCUGCACAUCUGCAUCGAGGGAUGGGGGAACUGGCGCUGGUCCGAGGCCUUCAGCGUGGACAACGUGGGGACCCUGCUGAGGACCAUCCAGUACAAGGGGCGCACGGCGUCGCUCAUCAUCAAGGUGGUGCAGCUCAACGGGGUCCAGAAGCAGGUGAUCAUCUGCGGCCGGCAGGUGAUGUGCAGCUACCUGACGCGGGACAUCGAGCUGCGGGCGGUGCAGCACUACGUGGGGCCCGACGGCCACACGGUGGUCAGGGAGCACUGCGACUGCCUGCGGGCCGGCGCCAAGCUGCCCUCCUACGUGCUGGAGGACGCCGAGAUGACGGAGCUGUGCGUGAGGGCCCCGGGGGACGAGCACUGGUCCCAGGACGUGCAGCUGGAGAGGCGGGAGGCGGGCGGCGGCGGCGGCUCCGUGGUGCAGGUGCCUUGCUCCAGCGGGUCUUUGCUCUACGUCUGGUGCACUCUGAUCACCAUUGAACCGGGCUCUCACAUGCAGCAGAGAGUGGUGGUUUUCAGUCCGCUGUUCGUCAUGAAGAGCCACCUGCCGGACCCAGUGACCGUCCACAUCGAGAAGAGGAGUCUGGGCCUGAGAGAGAGCCAGCUGGUCAGCGGCCAGGGCCACCAGGAGCCUCUGCUGAACACCGAGGCCGAGCUCACGCACCACCUGACUUUCCAGGCCAGAGAGGACGAAGACGCCUCCCACUGCGCCGUGCCCAUCUCCACCGGCCUCAUCAAACAGAUCUUGAACAAGAGCGGUGGCGGUGGCGGCGGCGAGGAGGACAACCUGGAGCACAUCCUGGCCGACUUCUACGGCCCGAGGCCCGACGCCGGGCAGCCGUGGCCCUACGCCGCCAACGAUGCUGACAGGCCGGUGCUGGAGGCCCUGGCCCAGUGGGACAGUCCCAUGCAGGUGAAGCUGUCCUGCUGGAAGCCGGGCCUGAACACGCUGCUGGUGGAGCUGCUGCCCUGGGCCCUGCUGGCCAACCACUCCCAGUGGGACCUCUGGCUCUUCGAAGGGGAGACCAUCGUGCUGCAGAUACCAGCCGGCAAAGUCAUCGUGCCCCCCAACUUCAAGGAGGCCUUCCAGAUCGGCAUCUACUGGGCCCCCACCAACACCGUGCACAAGUCCACGGCCCUCAACCUGGUGCACGACCUGCCCUCCCCCCGAUGGAAGGAGGGCUCCGGCUCGGAGGUGGUCGACCUGGACGAGGAGGGCUACGUGGAGGCCGACGUCACCCUGGGCGCCGCUCCCGGGCGGCAGAAGCUGUGUCAGUUCUGCGUGUCGUCGGCGGUGAGGCACGGCGUCCAGAUCCUGCGGGUCGAGGACCGGACCGUCGUCAUCAACAACACGCCGCACGCGCUGCGCUGCAGGCCGCUGCUGGCCGCCCGCCCGCUGGGAGCCGAGGACCAGGCCUGUGAGGUACCGGACUCGGCGCUGUUCAGCCUGGCCCCCUCCUCGGACUCGGGCCCGGCUCCGCCCGUCUCCUUGCCGUGCUGGGACCUCCUCCAGGGAGCGGCGGAGUUCCCUCUUCCGCGCAAACACAUGCUCUUCAGCUUGUUACCCGAUGGGCCCGGUGGACGAGCCGGACCCGGACCCGGAUCGGCGGCGUGGAGCCUCCCUGCUCCCGUCCGACCGGACUUUCCCAGGCAGAGUCUGUCCGUUCCCGGGGACCCGGACUCCGGGGGUGGCCUGAGCAGCAGAUGCAUCGUUCUGACGUACCAGGAGCACCUCGGGGUGACGUACAUCACCCUGAGCGAGGACCCGUGUCCUCGGAUGCUGAUCCACAACAAGUGUCCCAUCCCGCUCCUGCUCAAGGAAACGGUGAAAGAACCUCCGAGGACCGAGGUCCACUGCCGGGCUCUGGCCGCCGGCUGCUCCGUGCACCACGAGCUCUACCACCACUUCUCCAGUUUCCCAGAGUGCCGGCAGAAGGAGACGCUGCCCGCACUCCUCCUGAAAGUCCCGUCGGGCCGCGGCGCCGCCGCCUGGACCGAGCCCGUCGACGUCAACGGUGCCGGCACCCAGGUGGUCUUCCUGCCGGGCUUCGGCUGCCUCUACAUCGACGUGCUCUACGAGAGAGGCACUCUGGUUCUGACUCUGGCGCCCGAGGGCGGCGUGGACGCCGUCACCGACCCGCUCAGCAGCGGCGCUCGUCUGUCCUGCCGAGUCCUCGUCAGCGAGGCCAGCGUGGUGCUGAGCGAUGACAUCACCCACCCCUCCGGGUCCGUGGAGCUGCUCAGGCUCACGUUCACCAAGCUGCUGCUCGACGUGGCUCCGGUGGCGCCCCCCUCCCCCGAUUCGGCGCCCUCCGCCCCGACGCCGCCCGGCGCCUCUCUGAUCGAGGUCCACUGCUCCGGCCUGCAGAUCGACAACCAGCUGUACAACCGGGCGAGCUUCCACUUCCCCGUGCUGCUGUGCCAGGACCAGCCGGUCGGAGGCGACCCCGGGGGUCCGUGGAGCUGCGACGCCAACCCCGCCGAGACCCCCGAGGCCCUGGAGGAGUUCAAGCGCUCGUGUUUCCUGCAGCUGACGAUGACGCUGGCCGCGGACAGACGCACCGCGGAGGAGAUCACCUUCCAGCUCCAACCUGCCCGAGUCUACCUUGAAGACACCUUUGUUUACUACAUUAAGACGCUGUUCCACACCUACAUCCCCGACGGCGCCAUGGCCUCAGGCAGAGCCGGGGCCCAGAAGAGGAGCAGGGAGUCCGGACCGGGCCCCACCCUCCCUGAACAGGUGCGCCAGUCGUUGCAUGCGCUGGUCCACCCGGUGCGGCUGCGGCGGCUGACCAUCCAGCCAGUCAACCUGCUGGUCAGCAUCCACGCCUCCCUCAAGCUGUACAUCGCCUCGGACCACACCCCCCUCUCCUUCUCGAUGUUCGAGAGAGGGCCGCUGUGCACCACGGCCAGGCAGCUGGUGCACACGCUGGCCAUGCACUACGCCGCCGGAGCCCUGUUCAGAGCCGGCUGGGUGGUGGGGUCUCUGGAGAUCCUGGGCAGUCCCGCCGGCCUGGUGCGGAGCAUCGGCAAUGGCGUGUCGGAUUUCUUCCGGCUGCCGUACGAAGGCCUGACGCGCGGGCCCGGAGCCUUCGUCAGCGGCGUGUCCAGAGGAACCACGUCCUUCGUCAAGCACAUCUCAAAAGGCACGCUGACGUCCAUCACCAACUUGGCGACCAGCCUGGCGAGGAACAUGGACCGCCUGUCUCUGGACGAGGAGCACUACACCCGGCAGGAGGAGUGGAGACGGCAGCUUCCGGAGAGCCUCGGGGACGGACUGAGGCAGGGGCUGUCACGGCUGGGCAUCAGCUUGUUAGGCGCGAUAGCCGGCAUCGUGGACCAUCCCAUGCAGAACUUCCAGAGGAGCUGGGACCUGCAGAGCUCCGCUGGGAGCAAGGCCAGAGGGGUCAUCUCUGGAGUGGGCAAAGGCAUCGUGGGGGUUUUCACCAAGCCCAUCGGAGGAGCCGCCGAGCUGGUGUCCCAGACCGGAUACGGGAUCCUCCAUGGCGCCGGCCUGUGGCAUCUCCCGAAGCAGAUGUACCUGCCCACGGAGGAGAAGUCCGCCGAGGCCCCGAACAGCCACCUUAAAUAUGUCUGGAAGAUGCUCCAGUCUCUCGGGCGGCCCGAGCUGCACAUGGCGCUGGAGGUGACCAUCGUGAGCGGGUCGGGUCAGGAGCACGCCGGCUGUCUGCUCCUCACCGCCGAGGUUCUGUUCGUGGUCAGCCUCACCGAGGACACGCAGCAGCAGGCCUUCCCCGUCACCGAGGUGGAGUGUCAGCAGGAGCCGGGCCGGCCCGGUGAGCUCACCCUCAGCCUGCAGCAGCAGACGGUGGCCAGCGACACGGAGGGUGACGGCGUGCGGGAGCGCCUGUCGGAGGAGCAGUACCGCCGGUUGGUGGACUACGUGGCGCGGGCCUCCCACUUCCUGUCCCCCAGCGCCGCCUCCCUCCAGCUGCAGCUGCCGGUGACGCUGGCGGAGCCGCCGCCCUCCGUCACCAAGUCGUACCGCUACCUGGUGGAGGCCGCCUUCGCCACGGUGUUCGUCAGCAAGUUCACCGCGGUGAAGAAUAAAGCCUUACACAUCGGAUUCCACUAACACACACACACACGUCUGUCGUUUGAUGCUACAAGAAGAAGAAACAAAGGGAUCAUUUCUUCUGAUUUAAAUUAAGCCUUAAAAAAAUACACAAAUAAACUACAUAUUUAUGCAAACGAUAUCUGUUGAGGUGAAAGAAUGUAUUUUUAUUGAAGUGGCCCAUGUCAUUUACGCCUUCUUUACAUUUAAAGUAUAGAUUGUUUUUUACAGAUAUAAACAAUCACAGCUAAGUUCACAGUUCUGCUCCGAGCAUGCACACACACACACAUACUUCACCUUAACACACACACGUACACACAUCCAUACAGACACACACAUACUUCACCUUCAGACACACACAUCCAUACUUCACCUUCACACACACGUACACACAUCCAUACAGACACACACAUCCAUACUUCACCUUCACACACAUGUAGACACACACAUCCAUACUUCAUUUUCAGACACACACACACUUCAUUUUCAGACACACACACACACACAUCCAUACUUCAUUUUCAGACACACACAUCCAUACUUCACCUUCAGACACACACAUCCAUACUUCAUUUUCAGACACACACACACAUCCAUACUUAACCUUCAGACACACACAUCCAUACUUCAUUUUCAGACACACACACGUGUGUACACACACACACACACUUCACCUUCAGACACACACAGAGUUGUGUGCGUGAACCUUGUGGGACCAGCGGUGUCCCAGAACACAACUCCUCAUCCUCGCUCUCAGGCAGGUGGAGGUGUUCUCCGUCCCCGUGUCUCGUUGCCAAUCUGCCCGGAUGCUCCAGAAACCAGCGGUCAACCAAAGUGUGUUGUUUUAUAGCCCAUGUGACGUCCCCGUUGUUUCCUUACUGUGACGCCACCCCCCCCCUCAUGAUGCAAACGUGUUAUUGUUGCAUCACGAGCGCUCCCUCCGAUGCCUUUAUUAAUGUAUGUAAAUGGAUAAUAUAUUAAUAGAGAAUCAUUUUAAUAAAAACAUAAAACAUGA